AUGAGCGUCUGCCAGCCGCGAUCGGAACCCGGUUGUAACUUUGACCCUCAACCAGCUGAUAUGUCAUUUCUCAACUGUGACGAAUUCAUGAAUUGUGAUGAAGAAAACGAUUGUAUGCCGGACGACUUCAGGUCUGGAAUGGCUCGAAAGCGGCGUGCAAGGUGGCGAGUCUUCAUUUCUCGUGCGAAUACUGUGGGCUUGCCCAAGGGAGACACUGGAGCCAAACCCGCUAAUGAGAAAGUCACGAAGGCGGCAAAAGAGCUGAUAAAAAAGCUUUACAAACAAGUGGAUCAAUUCUUUGUGGCUCUAAAAAAGUGCCCCUGUAAAAUUGACAAGUACGAUUUCAGCAAUGUUGAAGAUUUGGUUACAAAAGUCAGUGAAAUAACAGAGAACAUGAAAGCCAUCUCCAAGAAACUGAGCUAUAGUCCUCUUAUUACCGAGCUCACCGACUUGUGUGAUCAGAUGGACAAGAUCUUGGAGUACGUGGCAGAACUGCCCGCGCUUAUUUACGUCCGUUUGGUUGAUAUCACCUUCUGCCUUCAUGAAUUUGGUGCUCUGAUGCAAGAGGCGCUUCUACCAAUUGAUUUCGCCUUCGCGGUUCAAAAAAUUCACACUCAUCUUAGAAAACUGAAACCGUAUGGCGUUCUCAAACAAGUGAUCUUCGUACCCACGGAGUACGACGCGAUCGUAGCCCCGUACUACAAAGACCCGCGUCUGCGUCGUCUUGAGCAAUUGACAAACUGCAAAAUCACCAUGGUUCGACCUGACGAUCCACGUGCGGUCUACUGUCCAGUCAAUUUCCGCACAAUAGAGGUGGAAUUCGACGAGAAAGACGGACGUUAUAUUGGUUUUGCGCAUCUUCUAAACCGAUGUCUCAGUUCCCGCACCUCUGCAUUCCCCACUCGUGGCUCGGAAAUCAUUGUGAAGCGCUAUGGUGUCAACACAACGCAAAAACUGGAGCCAGCUGAGGUGGAACCUCUUCGCCAACGACUCACGCGAACAAUGCUGGCUCCCGUUGAGGCCGAUAUGGUCAGUGGCACCAAGACGGCGGCUACUGUUCCCGAGGAGAGGAUGAAGAAAUUUUUCUAG